AUGGCCCAACCUGCGGCUACACCUCCCCCCUCGCAGGGACUGAGGAUCUCGUUGAACCUCAAGCCCUUACUGAGCCUUCCUAGACGGCUACUUCAGAGAAUACGGGAGGUGGACGGAAUGCUCGAUCAACAAGCCAUGGCACAUCAUAGAGAACGUACCAUGCAAUCCAGCACUCUGGGUGGUAUAUCCAACGAGGGCCAAGGUCCGCCGCCACCCGGCGUCAUGACGCCUAUGCCAGGCCCAUGGGGCUUCUUCGCUUCGGGGUACGCCGUAGUGCUGUUUGCUAUGGCUAUUUUACUCAAUCGCAUAGCUCACAUAGUGGUACCAUCCCGCCACAAUCCUCGGCUCUCUGCACACCAACGUCGUCAACUCUCCUUCUUUCGAUCACUUUGGGCCACACUCUUCCCUAUGGACCUUUCCUCCACCGCAGCUCGUACUGUGCUCCGCAUCCCCUCCUUGUACUUUGUUAUGAGAUCACUUGGAAUAUGGAUUCUUGUCCUGUUGCAUGCCAGUGACAACUUCCCUACGUGGGAGUGGGCGCGAGAACUCGAACAUAUCGCGGCUCACGUAGAGAUGGAGCACUUAUGCUGGUCAACAUUUUUGUCCGUCUGUGGUGCGCUAUCGGUCGGUGCAUUGACACGCGGCCUCGAAGGUGGCUCGACAGCGAAUGCUGCUCCAUUCAAUCUGUUCGGCUAUGCGUUCCUCCUUCACAUAUACUCUGCCCCAAUGACCCACACUGUCAAAGAGGAAGGCUUACCAUCGCGCCCCGACGUGCAUGUCUUAUUCGUGAUCAUGCUACCCUUACUCCAGUUGGCUCUUCUGCACGCGAUAGGUGUCAACAAGCGAUGGGCGUCACAACGCCUCAUCCCUACAGCAUUCUGCUCUCUACUCUCUCUUGUCCACUUCCACGCUGUCGUCUGGCGUGACCCUUCUCGCUAUCCGUUACUCAAUUAUAUGUCAUGCGUCUUCGAAACUUUACUUCUGGCAGUCAUCCUCAUCACAUUCUCUCUCAACGCCUUCACGCAACUCGCUACGGAGGGUGGUGUCUCCCGCCUACUGUUCGGUCAUGCCGACGCCCUGAUGCCACGUCCGGACGAAGACUUCUCCGUGGUACUCUUGCGGCUUGGUACUGCCAGCCUCGAGGCCACCAGCGUUGCCGGUCUCGGGAACGAGGUCGGCUCCGUACCCCUGGCCGCUCCGCAAUCGGACACCUCUCGGCAUUUCGGAGAGCUGGAGAUGAACAGCGCCGGCGUGACCUCGCUGACGCAUGCUGUGGAUGGAAAGAAGAGGCAGGACGGCUUUUCGAACGAAAUCCGGAACGUGAAGGUUGGAUCGACAAAGCAGGAUCAAACAUGGGGUAUCUGGCCAAACCACCGAGAGCUAAUGCGGUUUGGGGAAGCCUUCUUGAACGCCAUUCGAAGCGUCGCGCUCAUGGCAUGGCGCCUCAUCCGGCUUCGACCGGUGUUCGCACCUCGCGCUCCGCAAGCCGAAUGUCCUCCGCCUCCACAGGAUCCUCGAGGACCCACUUCCUCCCGCGCUCUAACACCGUCGCGGGACGAAGUGGAUACGAAUCACGACUUGUAUCGUCGCUUUCUGUCAGGGGAGACUGUCAGUGACGACGAAGAGGACUUCCACCCUCGGUCCACCUCGGCGGUGCCAGACUCAGAAGACGAGGAAUCGGAUACACCCGACAGUCCUGUCGAAGAGGAUACCGAGCAUCUGGCUGCAACAGCUUUGUCCGAUGCAUCUGCUUCACUGUUACUGGCGCACAUGUCUAGUCCAAACUCUGCCUUGACCCGUCGGCGCUAUAGCCGAGUACAGGCCGGCGAAGAACAGGAACAGCCGACGGUUGAUGCCUGGGAACGCUUCGUGGAGGACAAGCGGCGGGCAGCACAGCUACAACAGGAUACGAGUAGCGAGAGCAGGCGGCUGUGCGUCAUCUGUACAUGCGAGGAAAGACAGAUCAUAUGCUGGCCUUGUCGAUGCCUCGCAUUAUGCGAUGACUGUCGCGAGAAUCUUGCAUCGCGUGUUGCUCCUUCCAAGCACACUUGCCCUUGCUGCCGUCAACCAGUCGAGGGAUUCAGUCGCAUAUACAUACCCUGA